AUGGCUUCCGCAGUGCUCCUGACGAUGUUGGUGGUCGGCGGAGAGGCGGCCAAGUUCUUGGAUACGGUAUGUUCACCCACCGAUUUUGUGGCGUCUGGGACUACAGCUUUGUAUUUUUUUGACUUUCCCGCUCCAAAAUGGCCUCCAAAAACCCAAACUUAACAGGUAGAGUGAUCAAAGUGCAAGUGCUAUUUUAUAGCUUUGUAGUUAGUGACUUGAUUGUAGAUCAGGUCCAAAUAGUAUUUCAAUUUCAAUAUUGAACGUGUUAAAAGUUGAAAAUCAUUCGAUUUUCUAUAUUAAACAUCAGAGUUGAGCGGAAGAACACGAAAUAAUUUUUAUCUUUUUUAGAAAAUUUUUUUAUGGAAUGUGAGCAACUGACGAAAUGUAUAGCAAAGUGAACUCUGCUCAUAAAAAAAUAAUUGUAAAUUUAGCUUUUUAUACAAAAAAGUUAGGGCUAACGGAAGACGGAAGGACAUUUUCACGGAACAACUCGAAUAACUUUUUUGUAUGAAAAGUUAAAUUUACAAUUAUUUUUCUAUGAGCACAGUUCACUUUGUUAUACAUUUCGUCAGUUGAUCACAUUCCAUAAAAAAAUUUUCUAAAAAAGAUAAAAAUUAUUUCGUGUUCUUCCGCUCAACUCUGUUGAACAUUUACUGCAAAAGUUGUAGUUGUGUGUGUGUGUGUGUGUGUGUUUGUUUUCUUUCUGUCAAGUCACAAUUUGUCGGUGAGUCAAUGUUCGCCAAACGUUUUGGCAGACUACAAUAUCAAUUUCCGCACAUUUCAGGUCUCAAAGCAAGCCAUCUCAGUGCUGCACGGAUCUCAGCGGGAGGGCGAGGUGCGACAGUGUACUUGCGAUGAGAUGAAGGAUUGUUACGACAGCUCGAAACAUCAGGCACUCGAUUGUUUCGAAGUUUGUUGGAAGACCGAAAUUCAACGGGUAUUGUACAUCCACGAACUAUAUUCGAACAUGUUCCGUUUCAGUUCAAACUCACCGACAACCCAGAGUCAUUGAAAGCAUGCUUCGAUGCGAAAAGACCGUUUGUGGAUCAAGUGAUCAAUUGUUUCCAGGAGAAAGUCAAGGCGUAAGUAUUCAUUACUGAUUUGCGAAGUUUACAGUAUCAUCAUAGGUGCACUGAGAACGGAGAACCGGGAGUUCGCGUCAAAGAAUACGACUAUCGGGAUAUGAUAAAGCGGGUUGAGGAUGCGGUCAACGCGCAGGUCAACUCGUUCCUCCAGUCCAUCGGAAACGAUAACGUCAAGGUUGGCGCGCGCCGCAUUUUCGGGGUGCCUCCACGCUCGUUUCGUUUUCAGGCUGUUGUCAAUGCCGGAACCGCCAUUGCGCAGUGUGUCAAAACGUGUUUUCUCGAGAAGAAUAAAGACGGAUUCUGUUUUAAUCGCAUUGGGUGAGUGACAAGACGAUUAGUCUCGCUUCCGACACUUUUAUACGAUAACUUUUGGUAACUGCUAGUGUUUUCAAAGAUUAUUGACAACUACAGCAGUCGAAUGACGUGGUUUAGUAGCCCAACCAACUGCCACGGUAUUCCCACAGCCUUAUGACGUGGCAACAAAGUAUCCCGGCAAUCUGAACUCUGUACACUUCCCAAUUUUUUUAGCACAAGCUGUAGUCUCAUUAGCUUGUGCAUAAGUACCGUUUCCAGUUGCGAACCGCAAAUCGUCGACAAAAACGCGCGAGUUGCAAUCCGUCAGUGUUCGCGAUCGGUUCAGUGGAAGAAAGAGAUGGAGACGUUCUGCCAUUGCUCAAGCGCCGCCGGAAUCAAGUGGGUUUUUGCGGAUAUUAUUAUUAUUGUUAUUGUUGGUUAACAUGAAAAAUGAAUGGGUUUCAUACAAUUGAGCUUGGAAGCAAUGAGGUGAAAUUUCAAAAUUUCUUUGCAGCGGUCUCUCGAGCUAUUGCGGAAUGCUUCAAGUGAUCGGAUGA